CGCGGCGAGGAGCUGAGCGAGAGGAAUCGAGGCCGGGGGGGAGCUGCAGAAGGCUCGGGGGCCCCCCUCGCCCAGCCACGCACCCCCACACCCACGUAGUGGGGGAUUCAGCGAAGGAAGCUCGUAACAUGGCGGAUAGCGAGGAAGGCUUCGGGCUCCCCACCACGCCGGCCGACUCGGAGGCCAAAGAGCUGCAGGCUGAAGCCAAGCAGGACACUCAGCUGGGGGCCACCAGCAAGCCCCCCACCUCGCCCCAGGCAGCCUUCACCCAGCAGGGCAUGGAGGGGAUAAAAGUGUUUUUGCACGAACGGGAGCUGUGGCUGAAAUUUCACGAAGUGGGGACGGAGAUGAUCAUAACAAAGGCCGGGAGGCGUAUGUUCCCCAGUUACAAAGUGAAGGUCACUGGACUCAAUCCAAAAACGAAGUACAUAUUGCUGAUGGAUAUUGUACCAGCGGAUGACCACAGAUACAAAUUUGCAGAUAAUAAAUGGUCGGUGACGGGGAAGGCCGAGCCGGCCAUGCCCGGGCGGCUGUACGUGCACCCCGACUCCCCGGCCACCGGCGCCCACUGGAUGAGGCAGCUGGUUUCCUUCCAGAAGCUCAAACUCACCAACAACCACCUCGACCCCUUCGGCCAUAUCAUCCUGAACUCCAUGCACAAAUACCAGCCCCGGCUCCACAUCGUGAAAGCGGACGAGAACAACGGCUUCGGCUCCAAGAACACCGCCUUCUGCACCCACGUCUUCCCGGAGACCGCCUUCAUCGCCGUCACCUCCUACCAAAACCACAAGAUCACCCAGUUAAAGAUUGAGAACAACCCCUUUGCGAAAGGUUUCCGCGGCAGCGACGACAUGGAGCUCCACAGGAUGUCCAGGAUGCAGAGUAAGGAGUACCCGGUUGUUCCCAGGAGCACAGUGAGACAAAAAGUGUCCUCGAACCACAGCCCCUUCAGUGGCGAGACCAGGGUCCUUUCUGCCUCCUCCAACCUGGGCUCCCAGUACCAGUGCGAGAACGGGGUGUCGAGCACCUCCCAGGACCUGCUACCGCCUGCCAACCCCUACCCGAUCUCCCAGGAGCACAGCCAGAUCUACCACUGCACCAAGAGAAAAGAUGAGGAAUGUUCCACCACCGAGCAUCCCUACAAGAAGCCCUACAUGGAAACUUCUCCAGCAGAAGAGGAUCCUUUCUACAGGUCCAGUUACCCCCAGCAGCAGGGACUGAACACUUCGUACAGGACUGAAUCAGCCCAGCGCCAAGCAUGUAUGUAUGCCAGCUCUGCUCCCCCCACGGACCCCGUGCCCAGCCUGGAAGACAUCAGCUGUAACACGUGGCCGAGCGUGCCGUCCUACAGCAGUUGCACAGUGUCUGCCAUGCAGCCGAUGGACAGGUUACCCUACCAGCAUUUCUCUGCCCACUUCACCUCGGGGCCGCUGAUGCCCCGGCUCAGCAGCGUGGCCAACCAUACCUCCCCCCAAAUAGGAGAUACCCAUAGCAUGUUUCAGCACCAAACCUCGGUUUCUCACCAACCCAUCGUCCGGCAGUGUGGACCUCAAACCGGCAUCCAGUCCCCCCCCAGCAGCUUACAGCCCACAGAGUUCCUGUAUUCCCAUGGCGUGCCUCGAACCCUUUCGCCCCACCAGUACCACUCGGUCCACGGCGUGGGCAUGGUGCCAGAGUGGAGCGAGAACAGCUAACAAGGCGGUCAGGAAAGUGCAAGAGCAUUAGCCACGGAAAAAAAAAAUGGGAAAAGGAAAAGGAAAAAGUACCCUGUCAAUAAUAAAAGCGAGAGUAUU